GGGCGGGGCCGCAGCCCAACACACAGGCGACUGCGUGUUGACUUCCUCGAAGUGGUCACUGUUGCGGCUGCCGCUCCGACCGCAGCGCCUGCGUCCGCAAGAGGUUGUCUGGGAAGCCGUGCACACGCUCCGGUGGUCGCUGAGAGGGUGGACUUUCAUCUCAAGCCGUCAUAAUGCUCGCAGUUCUUCUAAAAAGGUGAUCAACGUCAUAAAAAAAAAUGGCUGACAAAAGCGGCAGGCCUGCCCACGGACCGGUGUUCGUCGAGGUAGAGUAUGACUAUGAAUACGAAUAUAAGAACAAGACGAUUGUUAUUAAACAAGGCGAGAGGUACAUUCUGAUCAAAAAGUCCAAUGAAGACUGGUGGCAGGUGAAGAAGGACGAAAACUCCAAGCCGUUGUAUGUUCCCGCCCAGUAUGUAAGGGAAGUUGGCAGAAAAGCGCUGAUGCCGCCUAUCAAAGCGGGCGUUCUGCCCAAUAGUCCUCUGAAACUCAUGCAAGGGCUGCAGAGGUCGACGGAGAACAUUAAUAAAUCACCGGAGCUUUCAAGUUUUGGGAAAACCUCAAGUAUUCGGGAUGCCAACCAGAACUUUGGACCCAGUAGUAGCCCUGGACAGACCAGAGGACUGACUCUAGAUCUGGUGCAAAACAAUGGUAAGCUGUGUACAGAUCUGCAUUCACCAAAGGCCACUAGCAGGAGCCCCUCCGCCAUGCAUUUUCCUGUGCCGGAACUUAUGGAAAUCGAAAAGACUAGCUUUACUAACGAUCACUCGGAUUCAGCCGGGGAAAGUUCUGAAAAAAUUCUUGCCGAUUCGGAGUCUGGAGAUGAACUGAGCAGCAGUUCUACUGAACAACUACAGUUUUCUGUCUCUCCUGCCACUGCAAGACCUGAUUCUCCCGUGUAUGCAAAUCUGCAAGAACUGAAGAUUUCUCAGUCCUAUCUACCCCCUCAACCUAAUGCACCCCCAGUCCAAAUUACAGGGGAGUGGGAAACGCACAAAGAUAACACUGGACGUUUCUAUUAUUAUAAUAAAACUACACAGGAACGGACUUGGAAGCCCCCACGCUGCACUAAAGACCCAAGUAGGGGAGAGUCCUUUACUCAGGCAGACCAUGAGCAAAUUUCAGCUGAAGAAAAUUUUCACAACGCUUAUGACCACAAUCAGUCAGAUAGUCUGUAUGGGUCUCCUCCCAAAGGGUGGUCAGAAGAACUGGAUCAGCAUGGCCAUACAUUUUUUAUCAAUGACCAAACCAAUGAGAAGUGGAUAAAGCACGUGGACGAUCAAGGCAGACCAUAUUACUACAGUGCUGAUGGAUCACGCUCUGAGUGGGAGCUGCCAAAGUAUAACUCCUUAUUACCACCUCAUCAGAGAGAGAUCACUAAAAGCCGGAGUCUUGAUAGAAAGUUCCAAGAACCAAUUGUUUUAACCAAGUGGCGACACAGCACCUAUCUGCUGGAGGCCAAUGAUAAGUUGCAUAUCAAGCAAAAGCGUAAUUCUUCUGAGUAUUACAUACCUAGCCCUGGUUUUUUGACCUCAUCUUAUUCUAUGAAAGACUCGACCACUACAUCCAAGCAAAACUUCCCUGAUGUUGAGACAUCGCCAUCUUCUCCAAAGCACCAGUCAGCGGAUCAAGAAAAGUAUGGUGUACUAAAUGUAACCAAAAUCACAGAAAAUGGGAAAAAAAUUAGAAAGAACUGGACAUCGUCAUGGGCCGUGCUGCAAGGGUCAUCUAUAUUGUUCCAAGGCACUGGAGCCAGCUGGAAGUUUGGCGGAAACCAAUCAAAACCAGAGUUUACCAUCGACCUUAAAGGAGCCUCUGUGGAAUGGGCCUCAAAGGAUAAAUCCAGCAAAAAAAACGUUAUAGAGCUGAAAACUCUCUCAGGAACAGAUCUGCUAAUACAAUCUGAAAAUGACAAUAUGAUCAAAGAAUGGUACACGGCACUCUGCAACAUGAUCGGUGUUCCGAUUAUGGAGUCUGAAGAGCCUAAUGAUAAUGUGCCAGACUCCCCAGUAGAGAAAGUGGGGAAAGAUAAGCAUGAGAAGGAAAAGGAUCACGAUUCAAAAAAGAGUCGAUCCAUAAAACAAACAUCCAUUGAUAAUUCAGAGCAAAAAAAGACCAAAACAAAGUUAAAGAAGUUUCUUACGAGGCGUCCAACAAUGCAAGCUGUGCGUGAGAAGGGAUACAUUAAAGACCCUGUAUUCGGCUCCAGCCUGGCCAGUCUCUGUCAGAGAGAAAACACUACAGUGCCAAAAUUUGUCAAGAUGUGCAUCGACCAUAUUGAAGAGCAUGGACUGGACAUUGACGGCUUGUACAGAGUCAGUGGAAACCUCGCUGUCAUCCAAAAGCUCCGAUUUGCUGUGACACACGAUGAGAAACUGGACCUGAAUGACAGUAAAUGGGAAGACAUUCAUGUGAUUACUGGAGCGCUGAAGAUGUUCUUCAGAGAGCUGCCGGAGCCUCUCUUCACCUUCAACCAUUUCAACGACUUUGUGAAUGCAAUCAAGCAAGAGCCCAAGCUACGUGUUCAGGCAGUCAGAGAUUUAAUUAAACAGUUGCCAAAGCCGAACCAAGACACAAUGCAGGCACUUUUCAAGCAUCUCAAGCACGUUGUGGAAACUGGAGAAAAGAACAGAAUGACCUUUCAGAGUUUAGCAAUUGUUUUCGGCCCAACGUUACUGAAGCCGGAGCACGAGACUGGAAAUAUCGCCAUUCACACGGUCUAUCAGAAUCAAAUCGUAGAGCUAAUUCUGCUGGAAUAUAACUCCAUAUUUGGCCGCUGAUGCCGCGUUUCUCAGUUGGAGCUGCUCUCCCCAUCUCAUUCUGAAGGACGCCUUUCUAAUAUUAUUUACAUUACUGAUAUUUUAUUUUUGCUUUUGGACCAAACUGUUUUGUGCUCACGUUUGCACUUGUAUGAAGACGGAGAGGUUUGGACGUUUUGACUUGCGCAGCUUCCUCUUGGCAUUGACUUUAUCCAUUUGUGACUUUAUAUCAUAUCAUAUUUUUUAUUUUUUAUUUUCAAUUCAGUUGCUUUUAUUUCCUUAACAGAACUGCAAGUCUAACAAGACACUGGAUUGACUGGAAAAUAAAACUACUAAUAUCACACCGUAGAUAUGGACUUUGAUCACUAUUUGCUUGCUCUGCAGUGUUUGAAGCUGAUAAUUGGUGGUGAAUCAUUUGUAGUGAAAAUUGCAUCUCGUAUGUGUCUCUUGAUGCCGACAAUGACUUGUUAUGUGCAGGCAUGCCGUAUACCGGUCAGUAGAAGCUACCAUCAUACUGAUAUCUCAAGCUUGGUAUUACCGUUAGCAUUUUGGCUUCUGUCAAUAUGGCCUUGAAGAACUGCACAGUACUAAUAUUGUCCUAUUUAAGCCACUGAAAUCCUAUUCAGGAUUUUUGUAUUUUCUUGAACUGACUUUUGAUUGUGUGUAAUAGUUGGGUAUUCUAUUACAUUACUGUGUAUUAAAGAGCGCUUGCCCCUAAAACGAACAUAUGUAUACGCAGUCCUCAAUUAGGACAUUUCCUAGUUAUAUCUGUGGGUGACAACCAGUAUGACUGUAGUAGAGCUGUCUUAAGACAGGUCAUCCACCUUUGGCACGCCAACUGUUGAGAAACUACAACUCCUAGCAUGCUCCAUUCUCUUCUGCAGGAGUUCUGUGCAUGCUGGGAAUUGUAGUUUCACAACGUCUGGGGUGCUGGAUGUUGCCGCUUUGCUUUCUCAGAGUCAGUCCUGAACGGUUUAUAUAUCUAGUCGGUCCACAUCACUUCAUUAGGCAUGGAGGUAAUUUACGGAAAAAAAAUGGUCAUGCACCAGGUCUGCACCUAUUCAAUUCUCAGUCUCGAUGCAGGGAGUCGGGAGCACUUUGAAAGCUGUGAAAUGUUGCUUGUACUUUAAGUUAUGAACACAGGAGGCACAUCUAUCUAGAGCAGGGGUGUCAAACUUGCGGCCCUCCAGCUGUUGUAAAACUACAACUCCCACAAUGCCCUGCUGUAGGCUGAUACCUGUAGGCUGUCCGGGCAUGCUGGGAGUUGUAGUUUUGCAACAGCUGGAGGGCCGCAGUUUGAGAUGCCUGAUCUAGAGAGUCCAAGCUUGCACAUCUUGCGUGUGUUGAGAAUGGGGAUGAAAACCUCUGCCAGACAUCCCUGGUGGAUGACGAACCUGCUUGCAAAACGAUUGGGCAUGUUAAAAUGCAACACUCCAAACCUUUCUCUCCCCCGACAUCUGCCAUCAGGGGAGAGUCGGGAGUCCCUCCAUAGAUAUUAUAUGCAGGGGCGUAUCUAAAGGAUCAGAGUUCAGCUUGGGCCCCCCUUCCCUCUUCUUAUGCGGCACAAGGGUCUUUGGGCCCCCUCAGGCUCCUGGGCCGGUAGCGACUGCUACCUUUUCACCCCCCCAUAGCUACCCUCCUGAUUACAUGUCUGAAUCACCAGCAUCCAAAAGCACCCGAUUUGUCUGUGCAAGAUCUAUAUGUUUCGCAUCAAAGGCAGGAUCAGACCCUGUCCGCCCAUUGCUUCCCCAAGUCCCAUUUUUGGCCCAAAGCAUAUGACUCUUAGAGGCUAUUCACACCACCAUAUUAUCACCAUAUACAUUAAUGAAUGUGUGUGCUAUGCGCAUCUGUACCAUAUGUCCGUUCCGCGGGAGAACACAUCUUUUUCUUAUCCGUUUUGUUACAAUGGGGCGUGCGAAAUGUUGCGGAUCCGUGUUUUGUGGUCGUGUAAACACCCUCUUGCACAAGUCCAGUACACCGCCCUGAAAAUUAACCUUGGAUCUGGGGAAAUGAUUUAGUCCCCUGUAGGAGCUGAUCAUAUUGGUGGCCACCCAGCUUUCCAAGGUCCAGAUGUAACUAGGAAAUGACCGUACAGUCUCAGCACGAGAGGUUGGUUUUAUGGACUGCGACUUGCGUAUUGCUUGAGUUUUAGUGGGCCGCGCUCUGCGGGCUUCUGCUGUAUGCUGUGGCCAUGAUCUUUCUGGGGUAUUCUAAUAUUACACUGAUGUAUAUAGAGGCCGGUCGGCUGUAGAAGCUUUGGCUCAUUGUAUAUAAUGAACGCUGUAUAGUCUUACCUUUUGCUUUCUCCUUCACACUUUCUAAUGCAAUUCAGGCAGCUUCUCUCUAUCCUUUUAGGUAAACCCCUCUGCCUCCCAGGACUAACUAUAUGCACUUUUAGAUGGGAACUAUUUUAUUUGCUGGUAGACAUUUUAUGCGUAGGUACUGGAAAUAUUUAAAAGGCUCAAGCUGGUGGGUUAUUUAAUAUGUACAGUAUAUUUUAGAGAAAAACGGAUACUGUGGAAGAAAUUUCUAUAUUUCAUUGUGCCUGUUGGUAAGAAAACAAUAAAGGUGCCCCCUUUAUGAAUUGGUAUAAACUUUAAAGAACAAAUCAUUGACCUGUGAAGUAUUUCUAUUGCAUUUAACAAUGGAAGCCAAUUUGUAAAAUAAAAGUGAAAUUGAAAGAUUUUGUUACUGGGAA